UUGGUCUUUUUUUAUAAUAAGCGCGCAUUAAACGGAAUGGUGAACACAGUACGAGAAUUAGGAAAAUAGGGAGAGGUUUGAAAGGAGAUACUGAUGAUUUUUUUUAAAGAAUAACAAAUUUAUAUCCACGACUUUCAUAGGUAUACCCUUUUAAUAUUAUACACGCGCAUACAUAUGUAAGAAAAUAAUUAUUUUCGCUUGUUUCACCCAAAGUCUUGCAACGAUUAUAAAAUCAAAACUUUUUAAAAUUGGAUCUUGCAUAAAUAUACCGUUUUACUAUUUUCUGAAAUUUGUUUCUUAUUGAAAACCAAGAAAAAAAGAAAAAAUCAAUUAAAGGCCAAUGUCAAAAUAAACAGGUGCUCAUUUCGAAUUCGAUUCCCAUCGAAAUGUGAACUGUUUUCAUGCAUAACUUUUCCAAUCUCAUUAAAAAAUUGUCAAACUUUUCAAAGAACAACGCCUAUUUUCGCAAUUUACAUAACAAAGAGACCUUAAGCGUCGUGUUAUAAUAUAAAAGUCGUGGCAAGUGUUAACACCACUAGCAGAGUAAAAAUGGUUUUACCUCAAAUACACACUAACGACGCAUUCCACUAUCAUUGGAUGGUUUGGAAACUGACUGGUAUCAAAGCCCCAAAUGGAUUUCCGCAACUGCCUUACACGAUUUACGCUAUUUCAAUAAAUUUAUUCGUGACAAUUCUGUUCCCACUUACUCUCAUCAUGAAUCUUUUUUACACCGAUGGACUACAAGAGGUCUGUGAGAAUCUCACAAUAACCAUUACAGAUACCAUAGCGAAUUUGAAGUUUCUUAACGUGUUCUUUGUCCGUUCAAAAUUGCUGUCCAUCAAAGAUAUUGUGGACAAGCUAGAUAUUCGAGCACAAAAUGAACCUGGUCAACGAAAGGUUCUUCAACAAUCGGUGCAAACUGCGCGGGCUACUUUUAAGAUGUUUUGGGGUCUUUAUAGCUUUGGAACAUUCUUAAGUUUGUGCAAAAUUGCAAUUGCUAACGAUAGAAGUCUUCUCUAUCCAGCUUGGUUUCCAUUAGAUUGGAGAAACUCAAUGGGACAAUAUACAAUUGUUUUGGGAUACCAGCUUUUUGGUCUGAUUGUGCAGGCUAUUCAAGAUGUGGCCAAUGACUCGUAUCCAGCAGCUUAUUUGUGUAUCCUCACAGGACAUCUUCGUGCCCUUGGUUUGAGAGUAAGAAAGAUAGGAAAGAAUAGUAACAAUUUGGAAGCAAAUUAUUCAAAAUUAAUUGCUUGCAUUAAAGAUCAUCAAAUUAUUUUGGAACUCCAUGUGAUUAUUCAAGGAAUUAUAUCUACAGCCUGUUUGGCUCAAUUCAUUUGCUCUGGAUUGGUUCAGUGCACAGUUGGAAUCUACGUUCUUUUCAUAAUGGGAAAGAAUGAAAUAUCAGCAUUGAUAUUAUCGGGGAUAUUUUUUUUGGCAGUUACUUUGGAAAGUUUUUUGAUUUGUUAUUUUGGCCACAAUUUGAAACAGGAAAGUGAAGACCUAACCAAUGCUAUAUACGAUUGCAAUUGGACGAAUCAGUUACCAAAGUUUAAAAGGACUCUUGUGUUUUUUAUGAUGCGUACUCAUCGACAUAAUGUCAUAUUGGCUGGGAACUAUAUCCCUGUGGAUUUUCCAACAUUUUUAUUGAUUAUGAAAUAUUCUUAUUCAGUUUUCACAUUGCUUGUUCGAUUGAAAUAAAAGCCUGAAAUUACCGCUGUGUGUUUGACCUUCAGAAGUGUGAUACAUUUUGUUCUGCUUAUA